UUCAUUUCUCUUCUCCAACGACCAACUACCAAUAAUUCUCUCUCUCUCUCUAUGCCUCCAUAGCUUUCUUUCCGGCUCUAUCUGACGUCUCCUAAAAUGGCUACUGAGUUGCUUGGUUUCUCUUUCCGUCCUCAUACGAGCCUGCGCUUCACCCACAGUACGAAUGCCAAAGCUGACUUUGUGAAGCGACACCGUCACAUCCUUCUUCCGAGACGGCGGAGUCGCCCUCUCCUUCGCCCGUGCUCAAUUCCGAUCAUGACAAACUCCCUCGAGACUACCACUCAUCCGCAAAACUCACCCUUCCAGGCAGCAAAACCGCCGGCAAGCCAAUCACUCAUUCUUCUCGACGUGACGGGGAUGAUGUGCGGUGGUUGCGUGGCCCGAGUUAAGUCGCUCCUCUCCGCUGACGAUCGAGUUGACUCGGCCGUCGUCAACAUGUUAACUGAGACCGCCGCGAUAAAACUGAAACCAGACUUCGCAGGAAGCAAUAUGGCGGAUACUAUUGCUGAGACUUUGGCGAAGAGAUUGACAGAUUGCGGGUUUGAGUCGAAUAGGAGGAUCUCUGGGCUUGGAGUCGCGGAGAAUGUGGAGAAAUGGAAGGCGAUUGUGAAGAAGAAAGACGAGUUACUUCUUAAGAGCAGGAACCGAGUGGCUUUUGCUUGGACUUUGGUGGCGUUGUGUUGUGGUUCUCACGCUUCGCACAUUCUGCAUUCCUUGGGGCUUCAUUUCGCUCAUGUACACUUUUUGGAGGUGCUUCAUAAUUCUUAUGUGAAGGGUGGAUUGGCUUUAGGAGCUUUACUGGGACCGGGAAGAGACUUGCUAUUUGAUGGUUUUAAAGCAUUUGGGAAAGGAUCGCCUAACAUGAAUUCACUUGUGGGAUUUGGAUCUGUUGCUGCAUUUAUCAUUAGUGCGGUAUCACUUUUUAACCCAGAGCUCUCGUGGGACGCAUCAUUCUUUGAUGAACCGGUCAUGCUUCUUGGUUUCGUGCUGCUUGGUCGUUCUUUAGAAGAAAGGGCAAGGAUCAAGGCAUCUAGCGACAUGAAUGAACUUUUGUCACUGGUUUCCACUCAGUCAAGACUUGUGAUUACUUCAUCAGAAGCUGAUCCUCCGUCUGAUACUGUGCUUUCCUCUGAUGCAAUUUGCAUUGAGGUCCCAACUGAUGAUAUUCGAGUUGGAGACUCUGUAUUAGUUCUGCCAGGAGAAACAAUUCCUGUAGAUGGGAGAGUUCUUGGAGGAAGAAGUGUUGUGGAUGAAUCUAUGCUCACUGGAGAGUCGCUUCCUGUAUUUAAGGAAGAAGGCUUCACCGUCUCAGCCGGAACUAUUAAUUGGGAUGGUCCUCUAAGGAUUGAAGCCUCUUCCACUGGCUCCAACUCGACAAUAGCCAAGAUUGUUCGAAUGGUUGAGGAUGCUCAAGCUCAUGAAGCACCUGUACAAAGGCUUGCAGAUGGAAUAGCUGGACCAUUUGUAUACACUGUGAUAACUGUAUCAGCAGCAACAUUUGCCUUUUGGUAUUUCGUUGGAUCACAUAUUUUUCCAGAUGUUCUGCUCAAUGAUAUUGCUGGGCCAGAUGGAGACCCUCUGCUUCUAAGCUUGAAACUCUCUGUCGAUGUCUUGGUAGUUUCCUGCCCAUGUGCACUUGGCCUUGCCACACCCACAGCAAUCUUAGUUGGCACAUCUCUUGGUAUGUUAUUUAUUUUCUUGAUAUUUUUUCAUGUUAUGCAUGUUACAAACACCAGAAGAGAAAUGUGCUUUUGUGCAAUGAAUCUCAAUACAAGAAUAGGGGCCCACUUGGUGUAUAAUAAUAUUUUCUAUGUUUGGUUUUCUAUACUCAGAUGUGACUAUACUUCAAAAUAUUUGUAGUAAGAAAGAUUAAUC